AGUCGAUAGUUGCCUGAAUAAGCUAGAGCGUCACUUGAGCUGCAGAGAUGUUGGAAGAAGAUAUGGAAGUGGCCAUCAAGGUGGUGGUAGUAGGAAACGGAGCUGUUGGAAAGUCCAGUAUGAUUCAGCGAUAUUGCAAGGGGAUUUUUACAAGAGACUACAAGAAAACUAUUGGUGUAGAUUUCCUGGAAAGACAAAUCCAAGUUAAUGAUGAAGAUGUCAGGCUGAUGUUAUGGGACACCGCGGGGCAAGAAGAAUUUGAUGCAAUAACUAAGGCCUACUAUCGAGGAGCCCAGGCUUGUGUUCUUGUUUUUUCUACAACUGACAGAGAGUCCUUCAAAGCAAUCCCUACCUGGAAGGAAAAAGUCGUGACCGAAGUUGGAGACAUUCCCACAGUUCUUGUGCAGAACAAGAUUGAUCUUCUUGAUGACUCUUGCAUACAGAAUGAAGAGGCAGAAGCACUGGCAAAAAAGCUAAAAUUAAGGUUCUACCGAGCAUCGGUGAAGGAAGACCUCAACGUAACUGAAGUUUUUAAAUAUUUGGCUGAUAAAUAUCUUCAAAGGCUCAAGCAACAAACAGCUGAAGAUCCAGAAGUACUACAUACAAGCAGUAACAAGAUUGGUGUUUUUAAUACAGCUGGUGGAAGUCACUCCAGCCAAAAUUCUAGCACUCUUAAUGGUGGAGAUGUCAUCAACCUUAGACCAAACAAACAGAGGACCAAGAAAAGCAGAAGUCCCUUCAGCAACUGCAGCAUACCUUAGAGCACUUUUGGAGGGGAGAACAACCCACAAGCCAGUGAAUUGGAUGAAGUUGUGCAAUUGAACACAGAGUAAAGCCAGCUGUAGAGGUAUUUUCACCAGUGCUUUAGCGAAUCUUGGGCCUACGGGAUCCUUGACGGAGGGUGGAUUUAUAUAAGUUGCUGAUGCAGUGGGGUUUGGUGUGUAGAGCGAGACACCUGCUGGCAAAACAGAACCGUGGCUCCAUGUGCACUUUGUAAAA